AUGGAAGAAACAACACAAGUUGAAGAUGUUAUGGAAGAAACAACACAAGUUGAAGAUGUUAUGGAAGAAACAACACAAGUUGAAGAUGUUAUGGAAGAAACAACACAAGUUGAAGAUGUUAUGGAAGAAACAACACAAGCUGAAGUUGUUAUGGAAGAAACAACACAAGCUGAAGUUGUUAUGGAAGAAACAACACAAGCUGAAGUUGUUAUGGAAGAAACAACACAAGCUGAAGUUGUUAUGGAAGAAACAACACAAGUUGAAGAUGUUAUGGAAGAAACAACACAAGCUGAAGUUGUUAUGGAAGAAACAAAAAAAGCUGAAGAUGUUAUGGAAGAAACAACACAAGCUGAAGUUGUUAUGGAAGAAACAACACAAGCUGAAGAUGUUAUGGAAGAAACAACACAAGUUGAAGAUGUUAUGGAAGAAACAACACAAGCUGAAGAUGUUAUGGAAGAAACAACAGAAGCUGAAGUUGUUAUGGAAGAAACAACACAAGCUGAAGUUGUUAUGGAAGAAACAACACAAGCUGAAGAUGUUAUGGAAGAAACAACACAAGUUGAAGAUGUUAUGGAAGAAACAACACAAGUUGAAGAUGUUAUGGAAGAAACAACACAAGUUGAAGAUGUUAUGGAAGAAACAACACAAGCUGAAGUUGUUAUGGAAGAAACAACACAAGCUGAAGUUGUUAUGGAAGAAACAACACAAGCUGAAGUUGUUAUGGAAGAAACAACACAAGCUGAAGUUGUUAUGGAAGAAACAACACAAGUUGAAGAUGUUAUGGAAGAAACAACACAAGCUGAAGUUGUUAUGGAAGAAACAAAAAAAGCUGAAGAUGUUAUGGAAGAAACAACACAAGCUGAAGUUGUUAUGGAAGAAACAACACAAGCUGAAGAUGUUAUGGAAGAAACAACACAAGUUGAAGAUGUUAUGGAAGAAACAACACAAGCUGAAGAUGUUAUGGAAGAAACAACAGAAGCUGAAGUUGUUAUGGAAGAAACAACACAAGCUGAAGUUGUUAUGGAAGAAACAACACAAGCUGAAGAUGUUAUGGAAGAAACAACACAAGUUGAAGAUGUUAUGGAAGAAACAACACAAGCUGAAGAUGUUAUGGAAGAAACAACACAAGCUGAAGUUGUUAUGGAAGAAACAACACAAGUUGAAGAUGUUAUGGAAGAAACAACACAAGUUGAAGAUGUUAUGGAAGAAACAACACAAGUUGAAGUUGUUAUGGAAGAAACAACACAAGUUGAAGAUGUUAUGGAAGAAACAACACAAGUUGAAGAUGUUAUGGAAGAAACAACACAAGUUGAAGUUGUUAUUGAAGAAAAAACACAAGUUGAAGAUGUUAUGGAAGAAACAACACAAGUUGAAGAUGUUAUGGAAGAAACAACACAAGUUGAAGAUGUUAUGGAAGAAACAACACAAGUUGAAGUUGUUAUGGAAGAAACAACACAAGCUGAAGAUGUUAUGGAAGAAAAAAAAAGCUGA